UAAACGCUCGACGCAAUGGCCUCGUUCCCAGUCUGGGUCGGCUCACUACCGGAGCACGUCACCGAUUCAGAUCUAAAGCAAAUGUUCAGUUCGUUCGGCCGCAUCCUGAGCGCCACAGUCAUGCAAGACGAACACGGAAACUCAAAACGGUUUGGAUACGUAAACUACGCCGAACAGCAGUCCGCUGAGCUGGCAGCUCGCACAAUGAACCGUCGUAUGAUGAAUGGGUUGCGUAUCAAAGUGAAGGGACCAAAAGAAUUGGAGUCGAGGAAGGCGGGACAGCAGAGCUCGAGGAGGAACCCGUUGAUAGAACAUGUACAUGGGGGGAAGAUUGACUAUCGGCCGUAUACUGAUUGUGACUUUUUUGGCAAUGGUAAAACGUGCACGAAGAAUGAAAAGUGUCCUUAUCGUCACAGCAUGGAAGCUCGCGAUGCUCCAUUCGAGUGUUCUGAUUGGCUCCAGGGUCAGUGCUUGGACAAGGCCUGCUGCAUGAAACAUCCCAGUCGAAAACAACGACAGGAAAGAGACGCUCUCCUCACUCUCAUCGAUGCACACACGAGUGAAAGCGAGGAAAGCUUGCAAACAAUCUCCGACUCAGACGGCUCAGACAACAGCAUAGAAGACAUACAGCAAAAAGAAGUGCCCGUUUGUAAUCAAAAAACUGCUACCAAGGGAAAGCCUCGUGACAGACCUAGGCGUAGAAGAGGCAACAGACCUUGGGUUCGCAGAGACAAAAGAACGCGAACACGACUCGGCUCUGACACAAGCAGCGACUUAGGAGUUUCCUCUGACACCAUGGGAGGUACGACGCUGGAACCAAUCGGAGUCUUUUGGGAUAUCGAGAAUUGCUCUGUACCACCUAAUAAAUCCGUACUGAGCUGCGUUAAUAAGAUACGCGAGGAGUUCUUUAAUGGCAAGUUUGAGGCCGAGUUUGUUUGUGUUUGCGAUAUCAACAAGGAGAGGAAAGAAGUCAUUGAGCAACUUAACGCUGCUCAGGUCAACGUUCUACACGUUAGCUGUGUGGCUAAGAAUGCCGCUGAUGACAAACUACGACAAAGCCUUCAUCGUUUCGCCUCCGCAAAUCCCGCACCUGCGACCAUAUUACUCGUUUCAGGUGACGUCAACUUUGCACCCGACUUGUGCGACCUUCGACAUCGACACAAAUUCACCGUCUAUUUGUUGCAUAAUGCUCAAGCACAGAAGUCCUUAAUCACUUGUGCUACAAGAGCGUCUCGUUUUGAUCACUUCGUAGCUUCUCUGCCCGAAAACCAAGAACAGGAUGCUAUGGACCUGACCGAAACAGAAUUACUCGUAAAAAACAUUCCGGUUGGUGCUGAUGUAAAGACGGUUCGAAACCGGUUGAGCAGACUGUCUGCAAACUGUGGCGGCAAGGUGGUUCGAAUUGAAGGUCAAGCAGGGCUUUUACGAUUUACAACAAAGGAACUGGCCAUCAAAGCACAGAAGCGAAUUGAUGACCAAGACGUUUGUGGAUCGAAAAUCAAAGCUGUCGUUGUGCACAAAACCAAACCGAAAUCAGUGAAACAGUCUGAGCCGGCGUCAGUCAGAGUGAGCCCCGUGACUGUCCGACAAAGCAGCCCGUCUGCAAGUCGCGUUCCUCAGCCUGAUCAUCAACAGUCCAUGCCACCGAAUACGAUGUACGUACCGUUCCACGGACCAACGCAAAUUCCACAUCCAGCAAGGCCGCCGUUUGUGCCCUCGUUGCCGCCUCGUUUUCCUUAUCCGGCGAUGGAUCCGAUGAGGCCUUAUCCUCCACAUGUUAGUGUUCCAUUUUCUGUGCAGCAACAGAUGAACACUAUGAAUCAUACAUCUAGGCCGGUGCCUUCCAUGGCUGAUUCUCGCGCUCGAUUUCCAUUUGGGCCACGCUUUUCUCACUCUUACGCCACCGUUGGCCAUCGUCUCAUGCCUCCACUGUCCGUUCCUGGAGUGAAGCCUCGUGUGCCCGGGCAAGGUCCACCAGGUGGUGUUGACUUGAUGGUUCACGGUUUAAGGAAAGAGUCGUCGAAAUCGAGUCUACGGAAGGAGAUCCUGGCAAUGUUUGGACGAUGUGGAAAGGUUAUUCGGGUUAGUUUUGAUCCUCCAGAUGGGGCAUUUGAAUGUGUCCACGUGACAGUCGAGUCGUCCGUUGUUGCCGCCAAAUGCAUAGACAACUUUCACAGCACACUAUUCCAGGGCGUUUACAUAUCAGUCGGCUUUGUCAAAGAUCUCAGCAAGCUGUUGGCCAAUACAAGACAGAAUUGCUAUGCCAUUUUGUCCGACUUGCGUUGCGGUUGGUUGCCACUGAAAUCUUUCUUCGAAAUCUACCGUCAAAGAUUUCGUCAUCACUGUCGAUUCAGCAUAUUGGAGAAGAUUGUGGAGACUGUGUGUCUGGAUGGACAGAGGGAUGCUUUUAUUGUCUCUCUUUCGGCUCGUAGUCCACGGGCGAAGAUCAAGCCAUCAUCAAUGGCAGAGUUUUGUACUAAUAUUAUUCGCUUGUUUGAAUGUCGUGGGAUCAUCAAUUUGAUGAGUUUUGCUUCCGAGUAUGUGGACAUGUUUCAUUCUGAGUUGCCUUUUCACAAAGACGGCCAAGCAGUGGAGGAUAUCUUGAAAGAGAUCCCCGGCAUCACUAUAUCCGGUCAGAUACCCGAAAUAGCCGUGUCACUCGAUCGAGGUGCAAUGCAAAUGGCAGUGGCUGCACACCUGCCGUCUAGAACCGGCCCGGAUCUGAGCAAUGUCGUCCAGAACAUUGUGACCGUUCUCAACAGUCGUCCGGGUUGUGCGGUGUCGUUCGAGUCCUUUGUGGGUUUGUAUCAUCAGAUAUGUGGCACCGAACUGAAACUCAAGCAGUACGGUUUCACGAAGUUGGGAGAGCUCAUAGCGACACCUGCGGUUUCCAGGCGAAUUCAGAUCUUGGCCUCGGGUAAAGAGAAACAUUUGACUUUUCGUCAUCGUCAACAGCUGCAUGCUCUGAAGCUGUGGCUACUCGGCGUACUGAAAGACCUCUGCCGGCCUCGUCUCCGCGUCGACGACUUCAUGCCGACGUACCAGAGAAGUUUUAAGAAGAAUUUACAGCUCAGCGAAUUCGGAGUCACGAAACUGUCCGAACUGUUUGACUCUAUGUCAGACAUAACGGAUGUGAAAGCCGAGGAAAACGUAAAAUAUUUGUGCCUGAGAGUGCCAGCAUAUUUGUCUGAUGUUGCACGGAAUGUUGAAAUGAUGUUGAAGGAUCAACCCGAGUUUUCUAUUGAAUUGAUGCGAUUUCAGAAGCAGUAUGAGGUCCUUUACAGUCAGAAACUGUCUGCAUCGGACUACGGGUUUGCCAAGCUGUCGGAUCUUCUCAAUUUCUUGCCUGACGUGAAGUUGCAAGGAUCUGGCACUGCUAUGCAGGCUGUUCUCAGCAAUGCUGCUGUUGUGUUUGCGUAUCAGGCGAGGUGUGUGCUGGAAGGAGAAGACGGGUGUCGUCUUCCAGUUUGUAAGUUUGCCGCAAAGUUCCAUCAGAUACUUCGGAGGCAGAUGAAGGUCGCGGAGUAUGGCUGUAGUAAGCUGAAGGAGUUGAUCAAAGCUGUGCCCGAGACGCUGAGGGCUGUCCAGGUGGGAGACAAACAGUUUAUCGAACUGGUAGAUGGCAGUACCACAGCCGAUCCCGACUCCAAAGAGAAAGUGAUCGAAAGCGGUCCUUGCUGUAGUGAUCUCCUCGAGAAAUUCUGCCGUGAAGUAAGUGAGCUCUUAGCCAGCAGACCAGACCAAAGCAUCGCCUUCUCCAACUUCACGGCCGCUUUCGAUCAGUUUUUCAAACGUCAAUGUCGUGUCGCCGACUACGGUUACAAGAAGCUAAUAGAUCUGUUUAAAGCUGCCGAAGGAGUUGUACAGCUCGUAGAGUGUGAGGGAGUGAUGAUUGUGCGUAUGGUGUCUGAUGUCUGCGGGCAUGAGGCACACGAGAGCGAAGAGAGCGACGAGAGCGAAGAGAGCGACGUAGUCGUUGAAGGCUCUGCGUCAUCAGACGAGGAAGACCGCGAGCAGCACCAUCCCACUCCCGCAGUCGACCGUCAAGCCUCCUACAGUCUGAUGGACUUUGAAACGGUUCCAGUGGGCGACAUAAUCCGUCUCGGUUCUCUACCCCCGGAAGAGGUUGUUAGCGAUGAAAAUAGCGAAUCGUCGAUUCUCCUGGAUCACCCGGUUCCCGACUUGAUCACGUUGCCGUUACUGGGCGGAGUGAAUGACGUCACUAAGGAUAAUGACGUGGACAUGUCGGAACAUCUGAGCGACCAACAGUUGAUGAGCGAGCUGUCCCAGGUGUUUGGCAGUCACGUGACAGGUUCUGUGAACGACGUCGAUGGUACUGUAGCCCAGGAUGUUGCACUGAUUUCGCUGGACACUCCGCCCGCGGGCAGUAGCGCGGCGAUUGUAAGCCCACGGUUUCAGCACCGGAACUCGAGCGCUUCGCUUCUCGAUGAGCCCGCGCCGUUUGAUAUGACGACUGCCUUACUUGAUGCUAGUGGCGCAGCGUUGGCGGACGAGGAAGGAAGUAGGGAAAGAAAAUCGGAAAACAAAAAGCAAGCGGAGAAUUCAUGUGAAGAAGAAAGAAAACCGUCAACGGAGACGACCGGAAAUACUUGGACCAGUGAGGACGGUCAUUUGUCUAGGGAAGGAAAUCCGUCUGGAUUUCCUACCGCGGGUUAUCCCGAGGAUAAAGGCUCUGCUGGUGUAUUAAUAUUAACCAGCGGACCCGUCGGGUCAAACGGCUCUGACGGACUAGGAAAGGGUCCGUCAGGUGCUUGUGUAGAGAGCGUGUCGGACACGGUACCACCUACGCAUGAUGUGCAACCGAAGCCGACGGGAAAAGAAAAUGUUAGCGUAGAGGAGAAAUUGGCUGCAAUGAUAAGCAGUAAUGCAGACCAGCUGGUGUCGCUGGAAACGAUAGUUCCGGCGAGCAGUCGGUGCGAGACCGCAGAGGCUGGAGAAGCAAGAGUGGACACAACGUCCGGGUUGGAGGAGCUCGGUAGUUCCCGGAUGGCCUCGGAUACAGCGGAGUUGGAUGCGUCUACGACGUCCAGUGUCUCGGAUUCGAAGUCGGAAGCAGCGGGAACGGCUGCGGAAAGCAAAACAAAAAACCCGUCAAAAUCGGCGACUUCUCGAUUUCGUCUGGCUGCCAACUUUUCAAUGGCGCCGAAAUCGGUAGUGCCGGACACACAGAAUUAAAUGUUGUACGUGUGUGUGAGUGUGUGUGUGUGUGUGUGUGCGCGCGCGCGCGUGCGUGUGUGCAUGGGUGUGGGUGCGUGGGUGUGUGCGCGAUUGCGUGGAAAACUGUCCUGCUAUUAUAUUAGAGGGACUGAAAUGACCGUGUGAUACUUUUAGUAUCUGGUGAUUUCUGUUAGCGUAGCAAGCGAGUUUGUGUUGCGUUUCCCUUGGGUUCAAGCUCUAACAUGAAUUGCUGCGUAACACAAUGUCACACUCGUUCCGUUUUUCCCUCAAGUUUCACUCCCUAGUUUACGCCCUAAUAGCUAAGCCGGAAGCAUGUAACGAGCGGCUCGUACAGUCUACGUAUACAAUA